GGUAACACAGCCUACUGGAAGCACUGGUGGACACAGAGGCCUCUUGUACUCUGGCCCCUAAAUGUUUACAAUAUAAAAAUCUACGCUGAAUAGGUCUGACCGCAGUGUGAGAGCCGUACUGUGUUAUAUUCAUGAACACAAAUGUCUUCAACUGGAGCUCAGGGGGACAAGAGGGGAGACGUCCGUGCCGGGGACGCUGUCAAAUAGACGUUGACGUCACCUUCAGUGGUGCUGCCUUCACAUGCCCCUUGUAAUUUACGUCGUUCACGUUCCUACAGUUCCUACAGACAGCCCUCAAAAAUACACAUAUUUCCUAUUACCUGAAAUGGUGUUUAUCAGUCUAGAUUGUAAAUAUAGUUUUGGUGUAAAUUAGCUCGUUUUGGAGAUGGCUGCCUUAGAGAUGUCUGCUUUCUCUCUAAUAUAAUGGGACUCAAUGGCAUUCUGCUUGUGGUGCUUUUUUGAUUUGGGGAUGAACGAUUCCUGUAAGAGACACAUUUGAAGAAUGAAUGUAGAAGGCUGGCCCUAAACAACCCCAUUUUAAAACCGUAAUAAGUAGGAUAUUUAUAUAAUAUAAUAUAAUGCUGAAGCCUCAAUAAUCGGGGACGAUGGAAUAUUUAAACGCAGUAAUAAAACAAGGCGGUGCUGCAGCAGCAAGGUAAAGAGUAGUAGUAGAAGUGCCCACAAUCAAUCCAGCGUUUCCGACAGCACUUGAAUGCAGCAGCAGCGUUCAGCCGAUGCGCGUCUGCAGGGCCCCGCUGCACAUCAAAGGCUGGUGAGACGAACGGAAGAAACGCCGCGGCUCUCUAACGGCGGCCGGGCAGACCGUUUUAUUUCAAGUCUGCAGGUGUGGACGUGGUCACGUGGUGUGGUCUAUCUCGACAGGCGGCUCCGGGAGCAGGUGAGCUACCGGGCUGCGUCUCAAAGGGUUACACACUUCGGGGGGGGCUGCUGCGCCGCUGCUCGUUUCACUUCCGCUCGAGCCCUCGGUGAGUCCGCAGUUCACACAUCGCCGGAGGAGAAGAGGCUCAUCAGCUUCGAUGCUCUGUGCGGCCAGGAUGGAGGAGUUUGUCACCGAGGAAGAGGAGCCGUGGUACGACCAGCGGGACCUGGAGCAAGACCUUCACUUGGCCGCUGAGCUCGGCAAGACCCUCCUGGAACGCAACAAUGAGCUGGAGGACUCCCUCCAACAGAUGUACAUCAACAACGAGGAGCAAGUGCAGGAGAUAGAGUACCUAUCCAAGCAGCUGGAGAUGUUGAGGGAGAUGAACGAGCAGCAUGCAAAGGUGUACGAACAGCUAGACGUGACCGCCAGGGAGCUGGAGAUCACCAACGAGAAGCUGGUGCUGGAGAGCAAGACCUCGCACCAGAAGAUAGACAGGUUGACGGGCACCAUGGAGACCUUGCAGGGUCAGGUGAACAGCCUGACGGCUCGGGUGGAGGAGCUGCGGACUCUGGAGGAGCUGAGGGUCCGCAGAGAGAAGACUGAGCGGCGCAAGACUGUGCACUCCUUCCCCUGCCUCAAGGAGCUGUGCACGGCGCCCAGGUAUGAAGACGGCUUCCUAUUGGCCAACCCGGGCAGCGUGGACCUGGCUGAGCCGCGGCCGGUGGACGAGGAGAACGAGCGGCUGAGAGACGUCGUGUCGUCGCUGCGCGGCGCGGUGGCCACGGAGCGCGGCCAGCGGGAGGGCGCGGAGCGGGAGUGCGCCGCCGUGCUGCAGGAGUUCGAGCGCCUGGAGCAGCGACUCUCGGGGGCCGAGGGCUGCCAGCUGCGGGUCCAGGAGCUCGAGGCGGAGCUCCAGGAGAUGCAGCAGCUGAGGAAGUCCCGGCUGUGUCUGAUCGGUGGCCUGGAGGACGGCCUGGAGACGCUGCUUAGCAACGGCCCCGAGACGGACACCCCCGAGGAGGCCUUGGGGCAGGAGGAGGGAGGCCAAGGAGCUGCCGGGGAGCCCGGUGGGGGACCGGUGAGGAAGAGCUGCAGCGACACCGCCCUGAACGCCAUCUCGGCCCGCGACGCCUCCGGGAGGCGCCAGGGCAGCUACGCCAUCCACGCCAACGGCGUGCGCAAGCGCGGCAUGUCCAUCCUUCGGGAGGUGGACGAGCAGUACCACGCGCUGCUGGAGAAGUACGAGGGGCUGCUGGGGAAGUGCCGGCGGCACGAGGAGAGCCUGUGCCACGCCGGGGUGCAGACCUCGCGGCCGGUCUCCAGGGACCCCUCCAUGAAGGACUACAGCAUGGUCUGCGCGGGGCCGUCCACGUCGGGGGCCUCGGCCGCCGCCGCCGCCCCCUCCGCCCCCUCCACCCCGGAGGCCCUGGAGGGGAUCAGCCGGCAGGUGGAGCAGGUGGACAAGCGGCUCAGCCAGAACACGCCGGAGUACAAGGCGCUCUUCAAAGAGAUCUUCUCCCGCUUGCAGAAGACGAAGAGGGACAUGCACGCCCCCAAGAGCAAAAAGAAGUGAGCAGCGGGUGAUCCUCGCGCACUGAAAACAGGGACUGCACAAUAAUUAAUUAAUUAAUAUACGCUGUUUGGAUGCCUGUAGCCAUGGAGACGGAUGAUUAGUGUUGAUUAAUCUGAAACUUUACCUGGAAGGAAGAUUCCUUCUGUGACCAGAACUGAGCUAGUAAUUAGAAUGGAGGGUUUUGAUUGGGUCUCGUGUGUGACGUAUUUGAGAUUUACUGGUUUAAGUCUUUUGUAUUUAUUGAAACUAAUUAAGCCAAAUAAUUAAUAAAUCAGCCAUUGUUUUUUAAACUACUUACGGCAUUUGAAGCAUGUAUCCGACUGAUAACCACUAAGUGCUAAUUAAGACUUUAAAAGUUCAAAUCAAACAAGCGUUGGACCAGCUCGAGCUUGCUUUAAGAUAAAACCGAGAGAUUUGACUGCGUGUGUGUGUAUUUAGUUUCUUGGAUGGUAAAAAUCCUUCAAGACAGCUGCCAAAGUGUGCCGUGCAUUAGUGUUUGAUGGUUAUUUAUUUACAUGGUUCAUUCUGCUGUGCUGAAGAAGAUAAGGAGCCUUACAGCAUGCGGUAUGAGCCGCUGAAUGAUUCAGGGAUUUGUUUGAUCAUUUCAGACAUGACGAUAUAAUCAGUUCGACGCUGUGCUGCCACAUUGUCAAAGUUGUUCUUGUAGUCGGCCAUUUAUAAUGUUUUCUGUUGAUUAAAAUGAGAAAUGUAUCAAGCU